AUGGGGGAUAAAGUGUUUUUGAAAGUAUCACCGUGGAAAGGGUUAGUGCGGUUUGGAAAUAAUGGGAAGUUAAGCCCUAGGUAUAUUGGACCAUUCGAGAUCACCGAAACAAUUGGUCCAGUAGCGUACAAACUAAAGCUACCCCAGGAAUUAAAUGCCAUUCAUAAUACGUUCCAUGCGUCCAAUCUUAAGAAAUGCUUGGCCGACGACUCAUUGAUCAUGCCCCUGGAAGAUGUUCAGGUUGAUGAUCAAUUGCACUUAAUAGAAGAACCCAUUGAGAUCCUCGACAGAGAAGUUAAGCAGUUAAAGCGAAGCAAAAUUCUGAUUCUGAAG